AUGUCAUAUGACCACUUCAAAUCAGCUGUGAGAAGUUGCAAACUUCAUUAGUUUCUCUUAGGAGUUUGUUUUGUUUGUUAGAGGAUGCCUUUGCCCUCACCGGCAUCACAAACUGUACAGAUGAGGUAGUUAAAGGUAAUGUACUUUUUAAAGUAAUUUCCUUAACCCAUGCUCGAGAUCAAUUCAACCAGUGACAUGAGUAUCAAUGCCGGAGAAGUCACCGCCGUUUACACUGACCAUGGGGCGGCUGAGGAGGACAUGGGCAGCGAGACUACUCUUCUCCUGGGAAAUAGGGCAGUGGAGCAGAGGGCUAAAGGGGCCUCGUUCACCUCCUCUGUCUUCAACCUGAUGAACGCCAUCAUGGGCAGUGGCAUCCUGGGCUUGGCCUAUGCCAUGGCCCACACAGGCGUCGUGGGUUUCUGUAUCCUUUUGCUGCUAGUGUCCUCUCUAGCUGCUUACUCUAUAAAUCUCCUGCUGAAGCUGUGUGAUGAAACGGGUAUUAACACAUAUGAAGGGCUAGGGGGCAGAGCCUUGCAGAAGCCAGGCAAAGUUCUUGUUGGAGUCACAAUUCUCAUCCAAAACAUUGGAGCCAUGUCGUCAUACAUGUUCAUCUUGAAAACCGAGCUUCCGGCAGCCAUAAGCAGUUUCCUGAGCCCAGAGACAUCGGGGGGGGCUUGGUAUGCAGAUGGCAGGACGUUGCUGAUUCUGGUGACGGUGUGUGUGGUUCUGCCUCUGGCUCUGCUGCCCAGGAUCGGUUUCCUGGGUUACAGCAGCAGCCUGGCAUUCCUCUUCAUGCUUUUCUUCACAGUGGUGGUUGUGGUCAAUAAAUGGGCCAUUCCCUGCCCUCUUCCAAGCAAUGUGACCCACAACCAGAUAUCAAAUACCACGGAAUCCGAUUGUACACCCAAACUCUUCGUCAUUUCCAGUAAGAGUGCCUACACCAUCCCUACCAUGUCCUUCUCAUUCCUCUGCCACACUGCUGUGCUGCCCAUCUACAGUGAGCUGGACCGGCCUACCAGGAAGAGGAUGCAGAAUGUGACCAACGUGAGCAUCUCGCUGAGCUCGCUGCUCUACCUGAUCUCUGCUCUGUUCGGCUACCUCACCUUCUACGGUCACGUGGACACGGAGCUGUUGCUAGGCUAUAAUGCGUACCUGCCGCGUGAUGUGUUGGUGAUGACUGUGCGUUUGGCCGUCCUCCUGGCUGUGGUGCUCACGGUGCCCCUCAUUCACUUCCCUGCCCGUAAGGCGAUUAUAAUGCUGUUCUGUGGUGAUGGUGCCUUCUCCUGGGUCCAUCACAUCUUCUCCACUCUACUGAUCCUGGCUGUGGUGAUGGUGCUGGCCAUCUUUGUCCCUGACAUCAGGAAUGUGUUUGGGGUUGUGGGAUCCACCACAUCUACCUGCCUGCUGUUUGUGUUCCCUGGGAUGUUCUACCUCCGGCUCAGCAACCAGCCACUCAGGUCUCUGGAGUCUAUCGGGGCGGUGAGCCUGAUGGUCUUCGGGCUUUUUGUGGGUCUGCUCAGUCUGAGUGUCAUCGUGGUCACCUGGGUACAGAACCCCUGAGUGGGACCACCGGACCAGAACAGCCACACAGCUGCUUCAUGGUGCCUCACGGUAGAAUGAUGCCAAACUCAACAGAAUUGUGUAAUAAUGAUGUAGUAAUAAGUGAUAACGAUAAUGGACGCACAACAGAGUGGUAAGACCUGGUUUGGACGUCUUACUGGCUCUUUUCUGUGGAGUUCCGUAACAUGCAUCGACAAGGCUACACAACAGGACCACCUUGACCAUAAAACUGGACCAUAUAACCACCAAACAGGGCUAUAUGACCAUAAUCAUGGCUCUGCAUUCCUGAGACUGUGUAAUACCCUCAUACCUUCCCCGUGUAUACAUGUACCUUUCAGCUGGAUACUGGGUUUAGAGGGACUUUUAUUUUACCUUUGGAGAGUGAAUGUGGUAAUGUUGGUAUGGGACUGUGCUUUUUAUGCUUUCAUUUUAAAAUGGCUUUUAAACGCCCUAAUUAUAAUUGGUUUUACCUUCUUUUUACUUAGGGACAUGCAAAUAGGCAUCCCCAAAACCACGUUUUACCUAGGUUAAACCUGGCUAGUUAUAAUGAGCCUGGCCUCUCUGGGAUUGACAGUGUUUGAUAGUUCAUGUUUAUUUAUUUUAAAGGUCUGUGUUGGAAAUUGAUAGCGUUUCAGCAAUGGUUAUUAGUUUAUUACUGCUUUAAUCAUAUUCUGUGUAUAUCUUUGUAUAGCUUAGAUGCUUGGAAUGUUCAACAUUUGACCUAUUGGUUGCAUUUCAGAAUGAUGUGCAUGUAUUGCUUACAAAAACAAACCCUGAAGCAUUUGUUCAUGAAGUUAACUUUCAGAUGCUAUAUAAUAUAACAUACUUGAAAGUACAAUCUGCAGAUAUUGUGAAAAAUAUAUUGUGCCAUUUACAUUACAAUAUACUGUUGAUCAUUUAAUUCCAUGUAAUGCGGCAGCUAUGUUUUUGGAUUGUAGUAUUAGUGAUAAAGGCACCAAAUUAAGCACACAUCUAAAACAGUCCUACAUUUUUUGCUGUUCUGGCUAAAGCUUCCAGUGUCAUGGACCAAUCUGAACAUUUUGAUGGUUUUUGAGAUCUAUGCAUUAUCAUGGAAGUCUAAGGUCUAAGAUGCAUUCACUUACUUGAAUGUUGUACUGAACUAAAUAAUUCCCCAAAACAGUCUUACAUUUUCUAGAAAAUAGCUUUGAGUUAUAUUUGCUCCCAUUGGAUGAGGGUGGCUUGAAGCAAUGAGUUAAUGGCAAUAUCCACGUUGACCAUGUUCCCAUAAUCCAACUUCCAUCUUUUCUUUUCAAAUGUUCAUUCAGUUUAGCAUGGUUUUAUUUCAAUUAAUUGUACAGAACUUAAAAAAGACCUGAAUGCUGAUUCAGACUAACAGAGGAAGAACUCUCUAGGAGUAGCAUAGUGUUUGGCUGAAACCAGGAGUUUGUGUCGCUAGUCUGACAUUUAUUUUUAUUUUUUAUAAUUGUCCUGUAAAUGCUCUACACAAACACUCCUUAUUAUUGGUAAAACAACAACAACAUGACACCUCUCUGCCUGGACACUUGAAAUCAGUAGAGAUGUCUGAAUGAAUCCUAGGUGGGACAAAAACCAGAGGCCUCAAAUUGUCUGAAGCAAAGUAUACGUUUCAAUAACUAAUGUUGUAUGUCUCUUUUGGUCUCCUGCUGACAUCCAUUUGUCUUAUUCCCUGAAGUGUUUAAGUGGAUUUUCUAUGGGCAGUGAUUGGAUAAAAUACAGAAAACUCUGUUGAAUUUUUACUACUACUCAAAUCAAAUCACAGAAAUCUCCCUGUCCAGAUAAUAUUUUUAAUGGUUUUUUAAAAUUUUUAUUAUGCAGGCAUUUAAUUCCCUAAUUUUAGAUUUCGGUAAUGAUUAAUACAUUGUUCAAAAAGCGAUAGUGAGCUGAGCUUUCCCACUGAUGCUGCACUUUCUGAUGACCAAUUAUCAGACCUCAAAAAGGCCAUUUAAAUUUUACAUAUCUAUAUAUCUCUCUAUCACACACACACUAGAACCAAUGUUUCCCAUCUGUAAUCAGUGUACUCCGUAAAGAUACACUUUUUUUGUCGUGGUCCCAGACCAGCACACCUGAUUCAUGUGGCCAAUUAUUCAUCAAGCCCUCAAUGAGUUGAAUCAGGUGACUUUAAGGCCACAAGAAAGAUGUGCUUGUUGGACUAGAGAACUACGGCUGGGAAGCUAUUCUUUAGACCAUCUCAGAUGGUUUGAUGAAGUGACCUGGUAAUAUAACAUUAAAAUGCCUAUCAAUGUAAAUGUGCAAUAUGCAAUUGUAUUAUACUGUAUGAUCAAUUUGGUGUACUGUAAAAUAUGAAAUUGCCAAAGUUUAAUGUUAAAUAAAAGGGAAGUUGUGAUCUGUU